UAGUCUUUUUAUGGAAGAGGAGUUUAGUGAAAUCAGCAGUAGAAAUGUAUGUCUGAGGCUACAAUGUUGCAGAAUUCAAUUAUUUGCAUACCUUUUGGUAAUUUAAUUUAUUUCUGUACAUUUUAUUUGGUCAAAUGUGUAUGCUGAAGUUGAGGUUUCUGUUCAUGGAUAUUUUAAAACUCAUUUGCCCGUGACCAUGUCGCCAGUGUUUAUGAUAUUUGCUCUGAUUGCCGCCUCUCUGUGCCACAGUGGAGACUGUUCAGAUAAAUGUUCAGAGCCUUUGCCUGAUAAUCAGAUGCUUACCACAACUCAGUGUUUGGCAGGCUAUUACAAAAAAGGAAACUGCCCAAUUUCAAAUACGUUUCUCUGUGAGAAAUGUGGAAAAGAGAAAUACACAGCACUUAACAACACUCUGCGUGAUUGCCUUCCUUGCAAUGUCUGUCGUACUGAUGAGAUUGCUAAGAGUGAGUGUACAAAUCAAAAGAACCGGGAGUGCGUCUGCAAAGAUGGGCUUUACCGGAUUCAUGUGGUUUCAUCUCACACGAAAUGUGAAAACUGUACGAGAUGCAAAAACUGUAGCACAUGCCCUGAAUGUAAAGGUAAUUGUGAAGUGGGGACUUGUGGGCAUGGCCAAUUCUUGGAUCAAAAAGGGAAAUGCCAAUCAUGUGCCAAUCACAAUUGCUCGGAUAAGUCCUGUAAAUCCUUUUGUAACCGAGUGCCAGCACCUACCACAACAUGGAUUUUGGUACUUGUGAUCACCCUGUCCAUACUGGUACUGCUCGGACUUUUUGUUCUUUUCCGCUUCAUUUGUGAAGCCUGUAGGAGUAGACAACUUUUCUGCUGGGCUCAUAUAAAGAACGUGAAUGAAAGAAACGCUGGUGAUAAUGGAGUUCUACUAAACUUGCCGAAUUUACCUGAUCAGCUUGAGGACCAGCUGAAUAUUCAUUUGCCAUUGAACAUGAUCCCUGGAAGCGCAGUGAAAGAUCCAGGGACCAGAGACAAACAAAGGCAUCUGGACUCGGACUGGACUGGACAAAUCAAAGCUCCCCUUAUUAUAAAUGGGGAUUUAAAAGAGUUGACCAGGCAUGAGCCGGAGCAGGAGAUGUGGCCCGCCCCGGUGCUCUACACCAUCAUCAGACAGGUUCCUGUGCGGCGCUGGAAGGAGUUCUUAAGGUUGCUUUCCUUAUCUGACGAUCAAAUGGAGAGAGUGGAGCUGGAGGCAAGAGGCUCCUAUCUGGAGCUGCAGUAUCAGAUGCUGCGUCUCUGGAGCCAGAUGAAUGGCGCUUGCCUGGAGAACAUCUACUCUACACUACAAUAUAUGGACCUGUCAGGGUGUGCAGAGGAUCUGCAGGAGAAGCUGCAGCAGUUGCAGUCCUAGUCCUUGGUCUAGAUGAGUCUGUGAAUACUUUUACCUCUCAGCAGGCCCUAUGCUUUAGUGUUCUCAAAUACUCCGAAUCUGAAUGUGUGACACAGUUGGAACAAUUUAUUUGUGUACAUUGCACUUAUAUAACCUACAAGAACCAUUGUUCAAACAUGGGUUUUUAUAAUGUAUCAUAGAAAUGAAAUGAAUAAGAAGCAACGUUGUGCUGCUUAGACUUUCGAAAUAAUGUAUUCUUGAUUUCUAUUAUUUGAUACAUCAGCAUACAUAAAAAGCAUAUAAAGAGACAACAGAUAAACUGUAACAGUAAAUACUUAUUGUAUAUUAUACUUGCCACAAGUAUUGGGGCAACGCUCCAUGAGGACAAAUUUAAGCUAGUCUGUGUGAAGCCAUAAAGGUUCACCUAAGUACAGGAGAUUAAAUGUCAGUGGUUUAAGAUAUAUAAUGUUACUGUUAGCCAUAUACCAUCUGGUGUUCUUUCUUUUCAGUACUGUAUUUUUAUUUUUUAAAAAAAACCCACUUCAAUCAGAACCGUAGGUUUUAAAAACCAUUAAGAGUUUAAGUAUUAUACAUCCGCUGCCACAAAUGGUGGGCUGAGGGUGAGGUACAGUAUGUGACAUUUCUCAAAGUCACGCUGGCACUUUAUGUGCAUUUAAUAUGGUAUUCAUUUGGGGUCAUGUUACCUUUGGCAUUUUUGUGUCUAACCUUCUACAUGCAAGUGUUCUUUAAUUUGUGUAGAAUAAAUAUAAUGUAGCUUAAA